CAGGUCCUGGCCAAGAGUGGCGUGUUAUGCGUGCGCCGCUGUGGUUUGGUGUUUGGGUCCCAGCUCUAGACUCGCGGCAGACUUGUGCUGUAGGCCGGGAUGUUACAGGCUGUUGGAGCUGUGGAUGAGGAAGAGGAGCAUGCGGAGGAGGACUGUCCUGAAUUGGUUCCCAUUGAGACGAAGCAAAGAGAGGAGGAAGAAAAGUCUGGGUUCGGCGCCAAGAUCCCAGUCACAAUUAUCACAGGGUAUUUAGGUGCUGGGAAGACAACACUUCUAAACUAUAUUUUGACAGAACAACAUAGCAAAAGAAUAGCAGUCAUUUUAAAUGAAUUUGGGGAAGGAAGUGCAGUGGAGAAAUCCUUAGCUGUCAGCCAAGGUGGAGAGCUCUAUGAAGAGUGGCUGGAACUUGGAAACGGUUGCCUCUGCUGUUCAGUAAAAGUGAGGACUGUAUUUACUAUGUGCUUUUUGUUUACUAGAAAUGUUUAUCAAUUAUAUUUCCAGCUUGAUUUUCUUGUGCAAUUUAACUAAAUUUAUACAAUUUGUUUGUUGUAUUUUCAAAUAAAAAAUAAAUGUAUUAGGAUGCAUUU